UUAAAAACACAAUUUUAACUGUGCUGUGGGCUCUCAUUCUUACUGAGUGACUUUUUUCCUAGAUACAAAUGCGGCUGAAAGACCCCUUCUCUUUAAAAACCGCAGACAUGACCAAGCGGUCUAAGAAGCCUCGCGAUGAAGACUCGUCUGACGAGGUUGGCGGAUUGCCUUGUCAGCAUGUGAGCAGAGCAGUGGACCUCAGCUCAGUGAAGAAGGCAGUGACAGGCAACCUGUGGUCGGUGUGCUCCGAUUGCCUUAAAGAGAGGAACAUGCUUGAGGGAGAAGCAGCAGGAGCACAUGACGUUCUCGUGUGCCUCAAGUGUGGGUUCCAGGGUUGUAACCAGGCGGAAACUCAGCAUUCCACAAAACACCAGCAAGCUCAUCACUCUGACUCUCACUGUAUCACCGUCAGCCUCAGUACAUGGAAGGCAUGGUGCUUUGAAUGUAAGGAAGAGCUCUCCACUCACUGCAAUAAGAAAGCCCUGGCUCAGACACUGGACUUCCUGCAGAAGCACUCAGCUAAGGCCACCUCAGGGACAACCUCAAAAAUUAUCAGUCUCAGAGAGGAACCUGUGGACACUCAGAGAGGGAAAAGUCCAGUGAAUAGCACACUUAUCCCAGUCAAGGGCAUCAACAACCUGGGUAACACCUGCUUCUUCAAUGCUGUGAUGCAGAAUCUUUCCCAGACCCACAUGCUGAAUGACCUGAUUCAAGAUGUCAAGGAAAAAGGACAUAAGAUGAAGAUCUGCCCCCCUGCUGAGACUAACUUGGGGCCACUAACAGUGACUUUGCCCAGUCCAGAACCCCUCACUUCAGCCAUGUUCCUGUUCCUCCAAAGCAUGAAGGAGCCUGGGAAAGGGCCUGUCUCCCCCAAGAUCCUUUUCAACCAGCUCUGUCAGAAGGCCCCUCGCUUUAAGGGUUACCAGCAACAGGACAGUCAGGAAUUGCUGCACUACCUCCUGGACUCCAUGAGAGUGGAGGAGACAAAGCGCAUUAAAGCAGGCAUCCUCAAAGUCUUUAACAACCCCACGGAGAAGACAGCUGACGAGGAGACAAAACUACAAGUGAAGGCUUAUGGGAAGGAAGGACUGAAAUUGAAUUUUGUAGAUCGGAUCUUUGUCGGAGAGCUGACCAGUACGAUAAUGUGUGAAGAGUGUGAACAUAUUUCCACAGUGAAAGAAGCCUUCAUUGAUAUUUCCCUUCCCAUCAUAGAGGAAAGGAUCUCUAAGCCCACAAACCCUGCUAGACUAGGGAAAAGUGGGCGUGAGCAAGAUGGUCUGGCCUCUCAUGAUGACUCAUCAGCUGCCCACUCACACACCAAUCGAAACAACCGAAGGUUAAGUGGACAGAAGUUGCAGGGUCGCCAUUCGUCCACUUCUCAUGAUGAAAGAGGUGCAGAUUCGGUUUCUAGCCGACAAGAGGAGGAGCUCUUUGUGGUGGGGUGUGGCCUGGCCAGUUACCGGGUGGAUACGAUAGGCAGCCAAUCAGACUGCAGCGAGAAGGAUUCCAACCUGCAGGACAGCAGUAACGAUGCGGACAGCGAGGCCUCAGAGAGCGAAUGGUCUCCUCGGAUCCCAUCUGUGUCCAGUCAUAGUAGCACAUCAGAUAAAGUCUCAACCACUGCAACUUCAGCCUCAACAGCACACAAUCCAAGUCUAAAACCUAACAUAAACCCAAGUCCCACUCCCUUAGCUUCCAUUAGACCUCAGCAGGGUGGCGCUGUAGAGCAGCUUGUCAGCGCUGUGUCCAAGCUGGGCCUGGUACACACUUCCACAGACACUCUACCUGUCAGUCACAGCCCAGAGGAACCGACCGAAAUCCGGGAGAGAGACCGUCAGCACCAUCAAGGGGCUUUCCAGGCUCUCUGUCACAGUUACACACCCAGCUCUAAAGAGUGUUCCGUACAGUCCUGCCUGCAUCAAUUCACAUCUGUUGAGCUGCUGAUGGGCAACAACAAACUACUUUGUGAAAACUGCACUGAAAGGAGGCAGAGACCGAUGAAGAGGAGUGAUAAGAAGGCUGAGAAGGUGUACACCAGUGCCCGUAAACAGAUGCUUAUCUCGGCACUUCCUCCAGUGGUCACUCUUCAUCUUAAACGAUUUCACCAGGCCGGGAUGAAUCUGAGGAAAGUUAAUAGACAUGUGGAUUUUCCUCUUUUGCUAGACCUGGCACCUUUCUGCUCUGUCACUUGUAAGAACCUCGGUUCAGGAGAGCGUGUGCUUUACAGCUUGUAUGGCAUUGUGGAACACAGCGGAUCAAUGCGAGGUGGGCACUACGCAGCCUAUGUGAAGGUCCGCACCCCCCAGCGUAAACCUGAGCUGCGCCGGAACCAGUCAGGUUCCAGAGAGGCCAGUUUUGCCCCACAAGGUCAGUGGGUGUAUGUUAGCGACACCAGUGUACAGACUGUACCGGAGUCCAGAGUGCUGAACUCUCAAGCUUAUUUACUUUUCUACGAAGAACUGCUAUAGAGCCUGACGAGCACGUGAAUGCAAGAUGAUCCAGACAAAUGCAACAGGCGAUAUCAGCUCAGACAACAGCGAGCACUUACUGCAUGACUAUAAUACCGUAUUUUAAUGUACGAAGGAUUCCAUAUACUAAAAACUUGGUCUUAUGGCUCAGUCAUUACUCAAGGUGACCUGAAUUAAAAUUGGGAGCCAUUAUAAUUAAUGUAAAAUAAUAUUCUGAAUUUAAGUUAUUAAUGUUUUACAGCUAAUAUUUGAGCUUAACAUUUAUUUUUUUGGGUGUUCAUUUUGCAGGAGAAAUUGCCAAAGAGAAAUUUAGGAUAAAUAUGUAUAUAAUAUAUAAUAUGAGAAGGAGGACUGUGCCAAAACAGACUAUAACCUCUGUUGUGAAAGGGAAACCCAGCACAAUAUGCAUCGGUUGCUUUCAGAGCCAUUUAAACACAUCAUAUCCUGCCCUGGAUCACACACGCAUAGACACGUGCAAACAACGUCAUCAUUUACUUGGAGACCAUUAAAAAGUUGGUGCAAUAUUCCUAGACUUUGCCUCAUGCCUAAUUUUUCUGUUUCAGAACUGAAUAUGAAUAGAAAACUAUUUUUUAUUAUUAUUUUCCCCUCAUGACUUCUGAAACUACAGUGCCUACAGUUUAUGAGGUCUGAGAUUGUCUUUUGUAAAGUAUUCAAUUCAUACAGGAGUAUAAAGAGAAUGGUAUGUGUAUAUACUGAUUAGAAAUAUACAUAAUUGUAUGUCAAAUAUGUACUAUUUAUUCUGUUUACUGGGCAGAUAUUGUAACACCAUAGAUUUGUGUGGUGUAUAAGGCUUCAGGGUUCCUCAAGCUGUUCUUUUGCUUGAAUUUUGUGAACAAAAUCCAGUAUA